AUGAUGGAUCUUCAGGACAUAUGUGAUACAGGCCUUAGUCUUGGAUUAGUCUCUCUACACCAGCCUAAAUAUAAUCUUCAGUUUGAUCAUCAAGAAAAGAAGAGAUCAUCCAUGGAAUUUGAUCUCACGUUCCCAUCUCUUAUGUUAGGAUUGUCACCAGAAAAAGUGUCGGGUGAGUCUCAUACUGAUCUGUACAGGCAGGCCUCUUCGAUCAGUGCUGUUUCAUCAUUUUCUAACACUGGUGUGAAGAGGGAGAGGGAGGUUAGUAGCGAAGAAGUAGAGGUAGAGAAUGUUUCUUCCAAGCAGAAUAAUGAUCAUGAUGAAGAGGGCAAUACAAAGAAGAAACUUAGACUGACCAAAGAACAGUCAGUUCUUUUAGAAGACAGCUUCAAAGAACACAGCACUCUCAAUCCUAACCAAAAGCAGGUUUUAGCAACACGGUUGAAUCUACGGCCAAGACAAGUAGAAGUAUGGUUUCAAAACAGAAGAGCUAGGACUAAGCUGAAGCAAACUGAAGUGGACUGUGAGCUACUGAAGAAGUGUUGUGAAAAACUAACUGAGGAGAACAGAAAGCUGCACAAGGAGCUGCAACAGCUGAAAGCAGUAAAACUAUCACCACCGUUCUACAUGCAACUGCAGGCAGCCACCCUAACCAUGUGCCCUUCCUGUGAGAAGAUCGGUGGCGUCGGCGCUGUCGAAAACUCCACAAAAUCUCCUUUCUCAACAGGCACAAAGCCUCACUUUUAUAGCCACUUUACCCAUCCAUCCGCAGCUUGCUAG